AUGCGCCGUGCUGUGGCUGCCGCACCACGGCUCCUCGCUCAGCGAUCCCUGGGCCUUGCGCGCCCAAGACCAACAUUUGCAACACAGUGCUUCUCGUCCUCUGCCCUGCGCAGACAAGAAGAAAGAAAAUGGUCCACACCACUAGCCAAGCAGCUCUUCGAAGCAAUCUCUACAACGGGAACAGUUCCGUUGGCAAGCUUCAUGCGCAUGUGCCUGACCGGUGAUGUGGGAGGCUACUACACCGGCGCCAUUGGGGAGGGAAGGGACCAGUUUGGUGUCAAGGGGGAUUUUGUGACAUCGCCUGAAAUCUCGCAAGUUUUUGGCGAAUUGAUUGGCAUUUGGUUCAUCGCAGAAUGGAUGAGCCAAGGCCGGCCCAAAGAUGGGGUCCAGCUGAUUGAAGUUGGGCCUGGAAGAGGAACUUUGAUGGACGAUAUGCUCCGAACCAUUUCUCGAUUUCCAGCCAUGGCUAACAGCAUAGAAGCCGUCUACAUGGUUGAAGCCAGUCCGGAGCUGAGGUCCGCCCAGAAAGAUUUACUCUGCGGCGAAGGGACACCUACGACGGAGUCCAAAGCUGGUUACCACAGCACAGGGAAAUACAACAAUCUUCCGAUUGUCUGGACCCAGACUAUCAAGUCUGUUCCCAUGGAAUCAAGCCAGACCCCAUUCAUCAUUGCGCAUGAAUUCUUUGAUGCACUGCCCAUACAUAGUUUCCAGUCCGCCAGGGUUGCCUUUAAACCACCGCCGCCAAGGAUCCCCGGCAGCCCAGCACCGCCGGCUCCCGCUGCACCAGACGCCCACACGGCCCCCAAGAUGGAAUGGCGCGAGAUGAUGGUAUCGCCCACCGCACCGGGAGCCAGCAACGCCGCGUCGUCUUCAUCCAACUACCGAUUCGAUCCGACCGAUGCGCCUGCGGAAUUCGAGCUCUCGCUCUCCUCCGGCACCACGCGGCACUCCCGCUACGUGCCCGAAUCCUCGCCUCGCUACCGCAAGCUCAAGCAGAUUGAAGGCUCCAUCGUCGAGGUGUGCCCCGACGCCGCGCUCUACGCCGCCGACUUUGCCGCCCGCAUCGGCGGCACUGAAAAGCACCCCAAGGCGUCCCCGCGUGGCGCGGCCCUGAUCCUCGACUACGGCCCCGCGGCCACCAUCCCCAUCAACUCCCUGCGCGGCAUCCGUCAGCACAAAAUCGUCAACCCCUUUUCCGCGCCCGGCCUCGUCGACCUCAGUGCCGACGUCGACUUUACUGCCCUCGCCGAGGCCGCCACCCUCGCGAGCGACGGCGUCGAGGUGCACGGCCCCAUCCAGCAGGCCGACUUUCUGGAGCUCAUGGGCAUCAAGGAGCGCGCGGCCGCGCUGGCCAAGAGCCCGGGCGCGAGCAAGGAGACGGCCGACGCUAUCGACAAGGCGUGCAAGCGCCUGGUGGACCGCGGACCGAGCGGCAUGGGCAAGGUGUAUAAGGCACUGGCGAUAUUACCGGAGAAUGAUGGCCAGCGUCGGCCGGUGGGGUUUGGCGGCGACGUGAGCAGCUGA